AAGUUAUCUUAUCAGCCAACCAUAACAUAACCUUUUCGGGCACCCAGUCUCAGCUGACUCCUCAAGGUGACUGCUCAAAAUUCAUUAUGAGCUUCGUAGGAAAAGUAGUGUUGAUCACGGGUGCCAGCUCCGGUAUCGGGGCGGCCACUGCCAUACACAUGGCCCGGCUCGGAGCCAGUUUGGCUCUUACCGGCCGCAACAAACAGAAUCUCCAGGAGGUGGCAGCCAAGUGUGAGGCAACCGGCAACUCGAUCAAGCCCCUUCUUGUCACUGGGGAGUUGACGAGUGAAGCAGACACCAAGAACAUCCUGGACUCGACGAUUGCACACUUUAACCAACUGGACGUGUUGGUGAACAACGCAGGAAUUAUUGGGGUUGGGAGCAUCGAAAAUACUAGCUUGGCACAAUAUGACCAGAUGUUCAAUACAAAUGUACGCUCUGUAUACCACCUGUCAAUGCUUGCUGUCCCACACCUGGUGAAGACAAAAGGAAACAUUGUCAAUGUCUCUAGCGUUAAUGGUAUCCGAGCAUUUUCAGGUGUGUUGGCGUACUGUAUGUCUAAGUCUGCUAUUGAUCAGUUCACUCGAUGCACUGCCCUGGAGCUUGCACCAAAAGGUGUUAGAGUUAACUGUGUAAACCCUGGAGUAGUUGUAACUGAAUUGCAGAAAAGGGGUGGCUUGGAUGCUGAGGCUUAUGCUAAGUUUCUAGAGCGAUCCAAAGAAACUCAUGCUUUGGGUCGACCUGGGCAACCUGAAGAAGUUGCUGCAACAAUUGCAUUUUUAGCAAGCCCUGAAGCAAGUUUCAUUACUGGAGCCAGCCUUCCUGUUGACGGUGGGCGGCAUGCAAUGUGCCCUCGCUAAUUAAUGUGCGCAGAAUGGGGUGCAUUUAAUCUUGUUUGUACUUUUGAAACCUGAAACCUUACAUCUGUACAAACAAUUUCAAAUUUUAUGCAUUUUUUUUCCUGUAUUUUACAAUUUUUAUUUUUUUAAAUAAUGUUCUUAAGAAACCAUAAACUUUGUUUACCUCUGUUAUGUUAGGACUAUUUUGUUCCAUAUCAAUUAUAUUUUUGUGUACAUAUUUUUGAAUUUGUAAAUUAAUUGUUGAAUAAAUAUGCAUUGACUCA